AUGUCUAACGUUUUGCUCAAACUUUGUGAUCCGGUUGCAUUUUAUGACAAGUUUCUCGCUAAAAGCAUCUAUCCAGAUGGAAGAUCCAUUGAAUCGUUUUGCCCAAUUUCGUUUAAGCGAGGUGUAUCCGGAGGGAUAGGCUCUUCUUUGGUUCGUCAAGGUGGAGUCACUGUUUCAUGUUCAGCUGAUGCUAAUAUUAUGUUAAAAAACGAUGGUCAACUAGUUAUAUCGAAUAUAGAAGCUCCAUCUAGUGUCACUCAGAAAACAUUGAAUGAAAUUACGGAUUUGCUAGACGAGCUCUUUUCUCGUGACAUUAUCGUAUCCCGUGAUGAGUUGACUUGUAAGGGAACUGAAGAAACAGUUCCUCUCUGUUGGCAAAUUACAUUGAACAUUAGGAUUCUUAACAGUGAUGGAUGUCUCUCGGACGCGGUUAUUGGAGCUGUAGCAACCACUUUGAUGGAUAUUCAGUUACCGUUCAUCGAACUGAAACAUUCCAAGGAUGAUGAAGCACCCAUUGAAAAGGAAGAGAUUAAGAUUCUGCCGGAAAAGUAUAAUCUUGAAGUACUAGAUUUCCCCGUGUCUUCCACCUUCGCCUUAUACGAAUCCAAUUCUGGACCAGAAAAAAUUUCUCGUUUAUUAUGUGAUCCAACUGCCGAGCUUUUAGACUCGUGCAAAGUCACCUGUAACGUUAUCAUGGGCAAAAAAGGGAUUCUACUUUUACGCACGAGAGGAUCGAUCAACGACUCAUCUCUUAUCGCCCAAAUAGUUGAAUGGGCUGAAGGUAGAAGGAAGACAGUCGUUAAAUCUUUCCAACACUAA